GUCCCAUCUGGUACCCUAUGCCUCACUCUUUAUAUAUCUAUAUUUUUCCCAAUAUUUUGGAUAUAAAUGUGAGGCUCUUCAUCUGUGCUUUACGUGUCUUUGACUUCUUAAAGAAAGACAGAGAAGAGAAAUACAGGGAAAGGAACAUCCUAAUUAUUGUGUAGUCAGAGCUAAAAUAUUCCAGUAAAUUUCCCCAGGAGGCACUACACAUCACAGAGUCUGUUUAUGGAGUAAAAUGAUCAAUUUCACUUUGAUGAUGAAGCUACUAACAUCUUAGCUGGCACCUGAUGACUACAUUUGCACCAGAAGCAAGUGGCAGCCACUUUAUUUUCUCACAUUGCAGGAAUAACUUCAGGAGAAACAGUACCGUUUUUAUAUUGUAACAGAAGAUGAUGCUCACAUCAGAUCAAACAGAUAUUGACCUUCCCCCAACAAUUUCUGAAUCAGAAUCAGUCUUCAGCGAUGGCAGCGGGGGUACAGGAGGAGGAGCAAAUGGUGAAGAAAGUGGGGAGAACCUGAAGAAGGAACUGCAACACCUAAGCAGGGAGGAACGUCGAAGACGUAGACGAGCUACAGCCAAGUAUCGCACAGCACAUGCAACACGGGAACGCAUUCGUGUGGAGGCCUUCAAUUUGGCCUUUGCUGAGCUUCGUAAACUGCUGCCCACCCUGCCGCCUGACAAGAAGCUCUCCAAAAUUGAAAUCCUUCGGUUGGCCAUUUGUUACAUCUCCUACCUCAACCAUGUCCUGGAUGUAUAAAAUACAUCAGCAGGAAGUACAGACUGGGAAGACAGAGAAAGAAAAGGACAAACAGAAAGAAAGAGCGAGAAAGGAAACUUCAUCUGUACUGUUUGAAUGUAAACAUCACCAAUGAAUUUGGUGACUUGGAACUCUGGUGACAAUAUCUACCCCUUCACAAAAGCUAAACAGAACUCAGUAUAUACUGGCAAACCUACUGCUUGAUAUAUAUUAAGUUGGGUGUUUGUGAUGGGGACUGCACUUUUCAGAGAGACUCUGGCUCUAAUGAGAGCCAGGAAUAACAAAACCAUAACAAAGGAACUUUUGUAAUUAGACAGAAAAAGUUAGAAUUUUUUUAUGUGAUUCUGGCAAGUGUCGCUUAUGCUGCCUGGGUUUCGAAUAAGGGACAUCUUGUCCCGUGGGGUGAAAGUUUACAGUGGUUUCCUAGCAAUAUACAGGAUUCUCAAAAUGCACUUGGGAGCAAACCUUCUUUUUUUCUUCACCUUCUCUCCUAUCCACUUCCUUUCUUUCUGACAUUCCUUAUACGUUACCUUCUGACAUUCCUUAUACGUUACCUUCUGACAUUCCUUAUACGUUACCUUUCAUUCUUUUGUCAUCAUGCUUUCAUUCUCUCCAUCUACUUCCCAUUUACUUGCUUUCUCUUUGGUCCACUUAUCUCAACUAAAUACUGAUACUUGUCGUAAAUGCACAAAUGAUCUAUUGUUUCAAUUAAUUGGUGUAUUUAUUAUGUUAUUGUACAAAAUUUCUGGUAUCAGAAGUUUACUUAUAUUUUUAUUUCAUAACUUAUUAUAAUUUAUUUAUUCGAUGUGCACUUUCUAUGGUUAACCAGUAUAAUGGAAUAUAGGUAACUGCACUUAGGUGUGAUAAGCAUCCUAUAUACCACCAUGUCUGCGUGUGCUUGUAUAUGUGAUUUGUCAGUGUACUACACAUAAUUUGGUUCUCUCAAUAUCCCUGGCAAUUUAUUUCCUAUUUCUUAUAUUUUGAUCUAAAAUUAAAUAAGGUCUGGUUGGGACAGUGAUACACAAGUUGAUUAUAAUUGCAUGUACAUGCAAAGGCACUUCAAGUACUGUGGAAAUGUUUUUAUUGUAAAGUGCUUUUAUAUUAAAACAAGACCCCUUCAGUUAUGGGAAAUCUUUCCCACGGUAUUUCCCUCCACUUAACUCAAAAUGUCUGCCUUUUAGUUAUCUCCUAGUAAUUUCUGAUUAUACAAAUUUAAUAACAGAAAAUUGUGAUGCAGCAUAAAGGUAUUCUUUGAGUAGGAAACGAAUCACAUGAACCUUGUAAAAUGCAACUACUGUACAAGAUCUGUGAAUAGAAAUAAAUUUUGUUUUUAAAAAAAUAUGGCUUAAGUUUCUUGUAGCUGCAAAAAAGCCAGACUUAAAAGCUACAACUCUUGCAGUUGUAUGUUUGGCAGACAGAUAGCUCUAACAGAUUUCUGCAAACAAAGCAACACCUCCCAUAAACCAUUCGGUACAAUGUUAAGAAAAAAAGGAAUAAAGUGAUAAGAUUGCAAAAUGUGACAUGGCCAUGAAUUAAAGUUCUAAA